AUGAAUAAGGAUCUCAUGCGUGUUCUUUUACUUACUUCUGAUCCUUUUAUAUCCUCAAAAAGAAAGGUGAGCUCAAAAAAAUAUAAGAAAUGCAACGAGGCAGUUCAGAACUAUUUAAAAAAGCAAGAAAAUGAUGAUUUAGGUAUUGACUUAGAGUGGACCCCAAUCAACUCUGGAAACAUAAUCACAGCCGAUUCACGUGGACCGGCAUUCGCCAUAGUCUGGCUAGCCUCUAGAAAAUCCGUCCCCCCUCAGCCAGAUAUCCAGAUUGUCCAUAUAUACGGAGCAAUUCGCUCUAUAGAGCCAUAG